AUGAUAUUCAACAAGAUUGCAAAUGCAGCAGCUGUCAAGACAGCAUUCCAUAGAUAUGCCUAUAGCACAGCAUCAUCGUCAUCGCCUAAAAGCGCAGGGUCAUUUUAUUAUCAAUACGGUACACCUCUUGUGAAAUGCAUUGUGUUGGCAUCAGCAACCACUCUGGGAUUUCAGCUUUUAUGGCAACAUUUGGAAUAUCAAGAAUAUCGCGAUGAAGCAGAUGCCUAUGUAACAAAACUAGAAGAUCGUCUCAAAUCGCUAGAGGAACAACAACAACAACAACAACAGCAGCAGUAG